CCUUUCUUUUACAGAAACUUGUGUUCCUUUUCCAGUUAUAAAGCCAAUCUUAUCUAAGGAUAGCUCUUAAAAACAUUUCAGUAGUACAUAAUUACAGUCCCAGCCAGCAGUGCAAAGAAAGUCAUUUAAAUCCUACCACUGCAUUGAUCCUCUAUGCCAGCUCUUCUGAAAGCCAGCUCCCAGGAUGGAACACACUCUAUAAACUUCUAAAUCCAGAUGAGAGAGUCUGUCUCCGGAAGUGAAGAGAAAUGAGACUCUUCUGCCUACCUCCACCUUCCCUGCCUUGUUGCGGCCAAAGUAGCCCCUGUGGAAAAUAUAUGCAGAAGCAGCAGUUUCUUCCCUUCCCUCAAAAAUCUGCACCUUUGUUUGUGCUGAUGCAGACAGAUCAUCUGAUGUGCAAAGACGAUCCCACCCAGAACAUGAGGAAGGAGGAUCCACAAACUUCAGUAGGUCCUAAAGCAGCAACCCUGAAACUGAAGAACUCCUUGGGCUUGGAAGAAGUAGUGUUUUUCAAGAAAUGCAGACUAUUCUCCAGAGGACUUUCCAUCAGCAAUGGCUCAGAGAUCCAGCCUGUCCUCCAGAUUGGUGUCAUCACACAGAGCCAAGGCACCCCCUUCAGUGAUAAACACCAGGCUUGCUCUUCCACAUGCUGGGCAAUGAGGUCCCCCCAUCAAAGAGACACUCCUAUGCCACGCGUUUGUGUUCUCACUGCUGACUCCACUCAGGGUGUGAAAAACCCUGUGAGCUACAGCCCUCAGUGGUGCAGCUGCUGUCCCCGACUCCCCAAACCCUCCCUACACAAAACCUCAUUCAGCCUGAGGGCUUCCUCUGGUCCCAGAGCUCACCCUGCCCAGAGCCGGCUGGAUAAUCAAUCACCGUUCCUGGCUGUCCUCCCCCCUGCUCACCUCCUCCUGCCUCUGUCCCCUCCCCUCAGCUGAUGCAUCCUGGCCCCAGGUAAACCACUUGCACAGCAACCCUUGUCUCAGGUUCUGGAGAUCUGAAAACUGCAAUAGUCACAGCGGGUCAUGAAAUCAACUUAGUGGACCUUGACCAGGGAAUUCAUAAAAUUGAAAUGGAA